AUGAGACCAGAUGACAUCAACCCGAGGACUGGACUGGUGGUAGCCUUGGUCAGCGUCUUCCUUGUUUUUGGCUUCAUGUUCACUGUUUCUGGGAUGAAAGGGGAGACCCUGGGAGACAUCCCCCUCCUUGCCAUAGGACCUGCGAUUUGUUUGCCAGGGAUAGCUGCCAUUGCUCUGGCCCGGAAAACAGAGGGCUGCACAAAAUGGCCCGAGAAUGAACUCCUCUGGUGCCGAAAACUCCCCUGCUUCAAAAGAUCAAAAGACAAGGAAGUUAUUGAACUGUUGAAGACCCCAUCUGACCUGGAGUCAGGAAAGGGGAGCUCUGAUGAGUUGGUCAAAAAGACAUACCUCAGAAGCAAUACUUCCCCAAAGGGAGAAAUGCCUGUGGCCAGUUCUGUCACUAAUACCAUUGCUACAGGAGAAGAGGAAUGCAAGAGUCUGGUCCAAAAAGAGGAUCAGGAGGUUUCCAGAUACCUGGAAGGGUACUGCCCUUCAGGCACCUUCCCAGAAUUAGGGAGCACCCCCAACUACAGAGCCUUGGAACCAGAGUGCUCCACUUGGGUCAGAUCUGACUGCCCAGAACCUGAGGACAGCAUUUUCUUUGUACCACAAGACAGUAUCAUCGUCUGUUCCUACAAGAGCAGUCCUUAUGACAGAUACUGUUGUUACAUCAAUCCAAGCCAAAUCAGUUGGGACCAUGAGACAAUAGUUUAA